AUGAAAGGCUUCCUUUCCUUUGCAGUCCUGGCUCUGCUGCUGCUGCCCAGCUCCCAGGCAGUCUAUGUUCAGGAUGGAGACUUGAAAUUCUCCCUUGAGUCUGUGAAGAAGCUAAAGGAGCUCAUGGAUGAGAAGAGACAGGUUAACCCUCGCAUGAUGGUGUCAGUGGCUGGCUCCUCCCCAUGUGGUGACAAAGAACUCCCUGAGGAGUUUCAACCAGUGUGCACAAGAGGAGAUGCACCCAAGAUAUUCGAGAGGCUGAGCUCAGCUAUCCAAGAUUCUGAUUUAUGUGAGAUCUGUGCCAAUGCUGCCUGUGCUGGUUGCUUUUGAAUCAAGAGGAAGCUCUCCAAAGAAGAUGUGUUGAGGGAAGAAGCUCAUGCACCCCACAGCUCUGGGUUAUCACCACCUUUCCCAGCCCAUGCUUUCCAGCUUUCCAGUUGGAGAACUCUCUCCCUCUAGUCUGCAUGUGACCUGCAUGUCUGUACCAGAAGUGCAGCCAGUAGCUUGGGGAUGAGUUCCUGGUGUUCAGCAACACCUCCAUGGCCAGCAGUUUCUCAGUCUUGUGCUGACUGCUGCCCACUUAGGGGAUGGAUGUGGAUGAGCAG